UAUGUUAAAACAAAAAAUAAAAACCAAAAACAAAUACGGAGUAAUUACAUUGGCACUGUCUUUGGGGAUCGUCACUAUCACACUGCCGUGUCUCAGCGUCUUUUUUUCUCCGGCGAACGUCAACUCACGGCGGUGUUCAAGACCGCCAACGCUGCAGCUGCGGCGCAAUACCACUUUUCCGGUGACAGUUAGUUAUUAUCAUUCUCUCGAGUUAGUUUAGAUGAGUGUCGUGGAGGAUUCGCCGGUGAACUCAUCAAGCAGUGAUGAUUUUGCCGCGUUUUUGGACAAGGAACUCGAUUCUGAUUCUGAGACUGCGACUCAACUAGGUCCUGAAGAUAUUGCCGUUAUUGAUGAUGAUGAUGAUAACGAUGGUGAUGAUGAUGAGGAAGAGGAGGAGGACCACGAGACUUAUAAGUAUCUUAUCGAAAGUACAAAGCGGAGGAAGGUCAUUGUUAUGGAUAGUACAGAAGAACCUGCUGGUUCAACAUCUCAAAUUGAAAUAUCAAAAGUUAUAGAAGCAUCAGUGACAGAUGAUAUAUGCACACAUCCUGGUUUUAUUGGAGGAAUGUGCCUAAAGUGUGGAGAGAAAAUGGACAAUCAGUCUGGCAUUGCAUUUGGCUAUAUACACAAGGAUCUGAGACUUGCCAAUGAUGAAAUUGCUCGGCUACGUGAAAGAGAUCUAAAGAAUUUGUUACGUCAUAAAAAGCUUUAUCUGGUUCUUGAUUUGGACCACACACUACUAAACUCAACCCGCUUAGUGGAUGUAACACAAGAAGAAGGAAAUUUGAUGAACUCACAAGAUCCUAUGCAAGAUCAACUGAGAGGCAGUCUAUUUAAGUUACCAUUCAUGCACAUGGCGACAAAGUUGAGGCCUUUUGUUCACACUUUCCUGAAAGAAGCUAGUAAUCUGUUUGAAAUGUACAUUUAUACCAUGGGUGAACGUGCUUAUGCAUUGGAAAUGGCAAAUCUGCUUGACCCUGGUAAGGUUUACUUUAACUCUAAAGUCAUAGCACAAAACGAUUGCACCCAAAGACAUCAGAAGGGCCUUGAUGUGCUCGCGGGCCAGGAAAGUGCUGUUCUGAUUCUUGAUGAUACUGAACAUGUAUGGAUGAAGCACAAGGAUAAUUUGGUAUUGAUGGAAAGAUAUAUAUUCUUUGCCUCCAGUUGUAAACAGCUUGGUUACAAAUCUCAAUCUCUUUCUCAAAUGAGAAGUGAUGAAAGUGAUGUUGAUGGUGCUCUUGCCACUGUUCUUAAAGUGCUUAAACGAGUCCAUAGUAUGUUUUUUGAUCCGGAACUUGGGGAGGAUUUUGCUGGCCGAGAUGCACGGCAGAUGUUGCGUGCAAUUCGUAGUGAAGUUCUGAAGGGAUCUAAUAUUGUGUUCAGUGGUGUGUAUCCACCACCAUUCCAGGCGGAACUACGGAGGCUGGCAGAGAACUUGGGAGCCACAUGCUCAACUGAGGCUGACCCAUCAGUGACUCAUGUAAUUUCCAGAGAUGCUGAAACUGAAAUAUCACGCUGGGCAGUUCAGGAAAACAAGUUCUUGGUUGAACCACGAUGGUUAGAAGCUGCAGGUUUCCGAUGGCAGAGGCAACCCGAGGAGAAGUUUCCAGUGAAAAAAGUGAAAAAAUUAGAAGACAACAAUUGACCCAUCUCUCGCACUCCAUUUUGACCUAAUGUUACAACCCACUAGAUAGAAGGUUUUAGAUGUUUGGUAUAGGUGAUUGAUUAGAGGGGCAAAGAUUGCAUCCUGACUUAUUCAGGUAAUCGAUAGUUAUAUUGUACAGGAUAUGAUACUAUUAUUAGUAUUAUGUCUAGUAUUGACCAUUUGGGAAAGAUAAUAUCAUGAAACUAUAAGUAUUUGUUGUCAUCUGGGAUGAUAAUUUCAAAAGAAUACUGAAAUAGUUGUGAUUUACGGUAUGACGUUCAAAAAAAAAGUUGUGAUUUACGGUUAA